AUGACCCUAAGGAGCGGGAAGGAAAUUCAGGAGGCUGAACCUGUGAUCCCUAAGGACAAAGAUAAGGAAAAGAUUGAAAAUGAGUUUGAGAGAGAGGACAACAAUGGUACAAAUUCAAAGGAAAAGGAGAAGGAGAUCUUGGAGGUGUUUCGUAAGAUAGAAAUCAAUAUCCCCCUACUAGACGCAAUCAAACAAGUGCCAAAGUAUGCAAAAUUUUUGAGAGAUUUAUGCGUCAACCGAAGGAGGCUGAGGGGAGAUGAAAUGAUCAUUGUUGGGGAGAAUGUAUCAGCGGUCCUGCAGAGAAAGCUUCCAUCAAAGUGCGGGGACCCAUGUAUGUUUACUAUUCCCUGUAGGAUAGGCAACACUGUGAUUAGAAGGGUCAUGUUGGAUCUAGGAGCAUUAAUUAAUGUCAUGCCUAAAUCUAUCUAUACUUCUCUAAAACUAGGUCCAUUAAAAGAAACUGGGAUAAUCAUUCAAUUAGGUGAUCGAACUAAUGCAUAUCCUGACGGGUUGGUUGAAGAUGUGUUGGUAAAAGUUAAUGAUUUGGUGUUUUCAGCUGACUUUUAUGUACUUGAUAUGGAUGAUGAUCAUUCCCCCGAUCCCUCACCUUUACUAUUAGGUAGAUCUUUUUUGAGCACAGUACAAACAAAAAUUGAUGUUAAUAAGGGUACCUUGUCCAUAGAGUUUGAUGGAAAAAUUGUGCAUUUUAAUAUCUUUGAUACUAUGAAAUAUCCCUCAAACUCUAACUUUAGUUCUAUUUUUUCUGUGAGUGCGAUUGACCCUGCGGUGCAGGAAGUGUUUGAAACUGUUGGCAAGGAUGAUUGGAGGGUACUACCAUCUGUGGUGCAAGCACCUGAAUUAGAGUUGAAACCCCUGCCGAAGCAUUUGAAAUAUGCGUACCUGGGCGACAACGAGACACUCCCAAUGAUUAUCUCAACUGCACUCUCGGAAGCCCAGGAAGAGAAGCUAAUCCGGGUCCUUAGAGAGUAUAAGGAGGCGAUAGGGUGGACCAUCACCGAUAUUAAAGGGAUAAAUCCGUCUAUUUGUAUGCACCGGAUUAGGAUGGAAGAGGAUGCCAAACCUGUACGACAGGCUCAAAGGAGGCUCAAUCCCCUUAUGAUGGAAGUAGUGAAGAAAGAAAUUUUAAAAUUGCUAGAUAUGGGGAUCAUUUUUGUAAUAUCAGAUAGCCCCUGGAUAGCAAUUGCACCAGAGGAUCAAGAGAAGACGACCUUCACGUGCUCAUUUGGGACCUUCACAUAUAGACAGAUGCCAUUCAGGUUGUGCAAUGCACCUGCAACUUUCCAAAUAUGUAUGGUAAGCAUUUUUUCUGAGUAUGUUGAGAAAAUAAUUGAGAUUUUCAUGGACGAUUUCAGUGUGUAUGGUGAUAGUUUUGAUACAUGUCUAGAUAACCUGAUAUUGAUCUUGUUAAGAUGUAUAGAGACUAAUCUCGUGUUUAAUUGGAAAAAAUGUCAUUUUAUGGUUGAGCACGAGAUAGUUCUGGGUCAUAUUGUGUCUUCUAGAGGUAUCGAGGUUGACAGGGCGAAAAUAGAUAUUAUUUCUGCUUUACCCUACCCCGCGAGUGUGCGAGAGGUGUGCUCUUUUCUUGGACAUGCAGGGUUCUAUCGAAGGUUCAUCAAGGAUUUUUCAAAAAUUGGAGCCCCGUUGUUCCAACUUUUACAAAAAGAUGUGACCUUCAAAUUCGAUAACAAGUGUGAGAAAGCUUUCGACAAAUUGAAAAAGCUAUUGACCUCACCCCCGAUCAUUCAGCCCCCCGAUUGGAGUUUGCCAUUUGAGAUUAUGUGCGAUGUCAGUGAUCAUGCUGUAGGGGCUGUAUUGGGGCAAAGAGUAGAAAAGGCAACUUACGUCAUUUACUAUACAUCCCGAAAUUUGAAUGGAGCCCAAUUGAAUUACUCCACUACUGAGAAGGAGUUUCUUGCUGUUAUUUUUGCUUUGGAAAAAUUCAGGUCAUAUUUGUUAGGUACUAAAUUAAUUGUAUUUUCUGAUCAUACAGCAUUGAGGUACCCAAUGACCAAGAAAGAUGUAAAACCGAGGCUCAUAAAGUGGAUCUUGCUCCUACAAGAAUUUGACUUGGAGAUAAGGGAUAAAAGAGGCUCAGAAAAUCUAGUAGCCGACCAUUUGAGUCACAUACCAAUUGGAGAGGAGAACGAGCCAUUGAAGGAUGCAUUACCUGAAGAGCAUUUAUUUGCUCUAAAUUCUCAAUUGCCUUGGUAUGCCGAUCUAGUUAACUACUUGGUAACUGGUAAUUUUCCUGCAGGUUGGCCAAAAUCGAAGAGGGAUAAAUUGAAGAGCGAUGCCAAGUACUUCAUCUGGGAUGACCCGUACUUGUGGAAGAGAGGUCACUUUGGACCCAAGAGAACUGCUCAUAAGGUAUUAGAAAGUGAGUUUUAUUGGCCUUCUUUAUUUAAAGAUGCAUAUGUGUUUUUCGAUUAUGUGUCUAAAUGGGUGGAGGCUAAGGCCACCCGGACUAAUGAUUCAAAAGUAGUUGCAAAUUUUAUCAGGUCUAAUAUUUUUGUGCGAUUUGGAAUGACAAGAGCUAUUGUCAGUGACAGGGGAACGCACUUCUACAACAAAAUCAUAGCUGCGUUACUUCGCAAGUAUGGUGUACUCCACAGGGUCUCAACAUCAUACCACCCACAGACCAAUGGUCAAGCGGAGGUAUCAAAUCGGGAAAUUAAGUCCAUCUUAGAGAAAAUGGUGCGAUCCGAUAGGAAGGACUGGAGUCAACGAUUGGAAGAUGCACUUUGGGCCUAUCGAACGGCGUACAAGAUCCCCAUAGGGAUGUCACCCUAUAGAUUGGUAUUUGGAAAGCCGUGUCACCUACCAGUGGAGUUCGAGCACAAGGCUUUUUGGGCGAUUUAA